CCAAUGUCUUCCAGGCCAGCCGUCGACCCCGAGUCAUCCCCGGCGGCGCAGCAGGCACCACUUCUCGGCAAUGCAGACGACCCGACACAAAAAACAACUGUUGUAGGCAAAGCCUUGAGCAGCACCGCAGACCUUGCGAAGCACCUCCCCACCGGCGCCGUGCUGGCCUUCGAAUUCCUCUCGCCGACCUUCACCGCCGAUGGCACCUGCACGGCCGCCAACCGAGCGCUCACGGGCUGCCUCAUCGGCGCCUGUGCCCUCUCGUGCUUCCUCCUCUGCUUCACCGACAGCUACCGCGACGAGACGGGGACCGUGCGCUAUGGCUUCGUCACGCCCAGCGGCCGCCUGCGACUUAUCGACGGCGCCCGCCAGAUGCCACCGCAGGACGAGAGAUACCGGCUUGGCGCGAGGGACGUGCUGCACGGGGUGCUAUCGUUCGUGGUGUUCCUGGCCGUGGCCAUGGUGGACAGCAACGUCGUGGCAUGCUUCUACCCCGUGGAGUCCGCCACGACGAGGCAGCUGCUAGCCGCAGUGCCCAUGUCGGCCGGAGCGGCGGGGAGCUUCCUGUUCGCCACGUUCCCAUCCACGCGCCGGGGAAUCGGGUUCCCUGUCGCAGGCACGUCAUGAAUCAAUAUUGUUUUAUUUCGGAAAUUAUUUGCAGACCACAAAAGCCACCGAAGGAUUUCUCUUCCGCCAACUGACUGAAAUUUUCGCUUCGGUUGAUGUUAGUGUCUCUACAUUUUCCUCCAAAAUUUGUGCUUUGACCUACAACAUAUUAUGAGGAAGUGAGAGCUGUAAAUUUUCUUA